AUGCUUCCAAAUAACCACUACGAAAUUCUCGGUGUACCGGAAGAUGCACCGAUUUCAGUGAUACUUGCAGCCUAUCGACGAUUAGCUCCAAUGUGUCAUCCAAAUUUCACCGAAUACGAUCCGGAUACGUUCCCCGUCAAGCGUCUCACACAGUCGCAGUACUGGCUGGCCGUAAAUGAAGCGAUCGAGGUCCUAUACAACCCGGAGCUACGCUGUCUCUAUAACUUGGGCAUACACAAAGAUGGUUACCCAAACUAUGUGUUUAGUGGAAAAUGCGUGGAGCUCUUCCAGGCACACACAAAUAAACACAACCAUCACUUUAUGAUCGUUUUGAACGGCAAACUUUGGACCACACAAUCGAUACCGGUGCAACACUUGGAAGCGUCCGUAACGCUGGAAGAGAUUUUUUUCGGCAUGCAGAAAACCAUAAACUACCAACGGAUGCGUUACAUCGACGGGCGGUCCAUAACCCAGCAGGCCUCAUUGGUGGUGCCGAUACAGCAGUACACGCGCCACGGCACGUGCAUCAUGCUCAAGGGGUACGGGCACGAGACGGAACUGGGGCAGGGUGAUGUGAUGGUCAAGCUUCACCUUGCCCCGCACAAAGUCUUUACCGUGGUCGGUAACGAUCUGGUCUGCGACAUGCCGGUACCACUGUCUACCGCCAUGUUCGGUGGUAUCGUGCAGGUGCAGACGAUCGAUUCGAAGACGCUUACGAUCUAUAUCAAUCCGACCGUACUGUUGGCACAUCCGCCGAGGAUCUUUUUUAAAGGCGAAGGUUUGCACACACCGACCGGGCGUGGCGAUAUGUUCGUGUUCUUUACAGCAACGAUCCCAACGGUGGCGGCCCACUUGUACCAAGAUGCUUGGCGUAUUAUACGCGAGAUAGAAGCGUACAACAAUGUGGCACCAUUGGACAAGCAAUAA